UUCAGCAACAGUAAUCCACCACGCGUCUCCCAUCCUCUGAAAUCGCUCCGCCAUACUUAGCAAGCGCACCUCUUGCUCCACAUCUAUAUCCAAGCUUUGAAACGGGCUUCUCCGAUACGUGGACGUCUCAAAGAGCUUGCGUGGUCCCCUUUCAACGCCACAAUACAAGGCUGAGGCGGAGUCCUCUACCCUUGCCGUGAAUAACUGGAGUACAUCCGGGCGCCCGAAGACGACAAGAAGACCAUCUUCGAACCCUUUAAAGCUGCUUUCGAAUACUUCGCAGAUGGUCAAUUGAAAACCUCGACUUUUCGGAUUCCAAACAAGCCAAGACGAAGAGAAAAUGUCGGUCCGGAUACAAUUUGACCACCCCCCUUCCUUUUAUACGAACCUCGAUUUCAUCAGCGGACGAGUAAUACUCAGUCUCACGAGCGACGACAAUGUGCAGCAGAUUGUCGCGAAAUUGGAGGGCGAGAGUAGGACUCAGUUGAUGCGUCCUUCGAUAUAUCCUACCCCUCAUGGACGACGAGAUGCGCGCGCCUCGGUCGCGGGAGAGAACCACAAGAUUCUGUAUCAUGUCAGUACCAUAUUCCCGAGUAAGGAAUCUGCGGGAGAGAAUAUCGGGAAUGCGGCAUAUUCGUUGAGACCGGGCACGUACGAGUACCCCUUCCGCUUCAAGAUCCCUUUGAACAAUGGAUGUGCCGAUCCUAAUGCGCAGGGAAUGGGUCCGGGGAGUGGGUUCGGGGGACUUGGAUUGGGAGGUCUGCAGCAGAUGCAGUAUCGUCAUGUUAAGAAGACUUUACCUCCUUCUCUCACGGGAUUCCCUGGUGAAGCGGAGAUCAGAUAUUAUGUGAAAGUUACAGUUCAACGACCUUCUUUAUUCAAGGAGAAUAGGAGGGCGGCGAUGGGGUUUAGAUUCUUGCCUAUUGAGUCUCCACGUCCGCCACUUACUUCCAAUGAGGCAUUUGCGCGACGACCUUUCGCUUUUCAACCUGGCGUGACAAUCCCAUCAAAAACGAGUAUGUUCAAAAAAACCCCUACGAAGUUAUCAGAUACACCACCAACGGGAGAAGUCGACGCAAGAUUACCAAGUCCGCCGAUUCUCACUUGCAACGAAUCUAUUCCCCUUCGUGUUAUCGUCAAGAGACUGACGGAGAGUCCGGAAAAUAUAUUUCUCACUUCAUUCUCGAUUCAUCUCUUUGGAUUCACCGAAGUGCGAGCUCAAGAUGUCUCGAGGAUAGAAACAAGUGACUGGGUUUUGAUAAGUAAUAUUGGGUUGUCAGUACCGAUUGGAAGUCAUACUGAUCCCGUUGGGACGGAAAACUUGUUGGACAAGGGUUUGUGGGAUAAGAUUUCCCUACCUCCUACCGUGACGCCGAGUUUUCAGACUUGUAAUUUGAGUAGGAGGUAUGAGAUUGAGGUCAGAGUGGGCUUAGGAUAUGGUGUCGUUGGGGAAAUACAGGUGAGUUAUCUUCCUAUGAUCUAAACAUUCUCAUUAGCCGAGAAACACCAACUAACCUAAAAACCUAGCCCCAAUCAAUAACCCUCCCCCUCCGCUUCCAAGUCGACAUCUUCUCGGGCAUCAAACCCCCAGCCGCCCUCCUCCACGCCAUCGCCAACCAAAACAGCGUCCCUGCCCCCGCCCUCCCCGCC